AUGCAAGCACACUAUUCAAAGACUCGUAACCUUGCUAGAAUGGGAAAGUAUGUUUUAGUGGGUUUGUCGCUUAUGCUUAUUUGUAGAUGGAUACUGUAUAAAGAAGGAAUGUUGUACACAACAGAUGCAGCCCUGAUAAUAAAAGAAGUCGGAAAUCGGUACGUGAAAAACGGGACAAACUACGAUCACUUGCCAGAGGACUUUAUAUUCCUGGUAAACCCAAAAAACAAAUGCAGCAGUAAUUCUACUACGCAGGGUACAUCGUUUCUUGUAGGUGUUGAAUCAUUAGUGCUAAACUUCGAACAGCGUGCGGCCGUGAGGCAGACUUGGGCUAACAAUGAUCUUUUAAAUAGACUAUCUGCUCGAGUGAUAUUUCUCAUUGGAAUUAACGAGGAUGCGCAGUUGCAGAAAAGACUGAAUCGAGAAAGUGCAGAGUACGACGACCUAGUCCAAGGCAGUUUUGUGGAACAUUUCAAAAACUUGACUUUGAAAACAAUCAUGUUCCUUAGGUGGUCACAGUGCUUCUGUUCAACAGUAAAGUAUGCCAUUAAAACCGACGAUGAUGUUCUUGUUAAUUUAAGAAUGAUACUACAAGUGAUAAAGUCGAAUCCCACAUCAGGUCUUUAUCUUGGUUACACGCGAGCCCAAUUCCACGUGAUUCGAAAUCCGAAUAACCCGUAUUAUACUUCAUAUGAAGCAUAUCCAGAACAAAAUUAUCCAGUCUACGCUUCUGGGCCGCUGUAUAUUCUUUCACAAGAUGUUGCAACGAGGGCUUAUGAUUAUAUAUCAUCUCAUCCAACAGGGUACAUAUCUUCAGAAGACGCAUUUAUCGGAGUAAUUAUGUCAAAGCUAAAUGUGUCUGUCCAUCCAUACACAAACAUUGAAAUUAACAGAGGUUCGUCGAACUUAGGAUGCUUCUUCACGGAGUAUAUUGCAGUCCACCGUGUUGCACCAAAUGAAAUGCUCAAAUUCUGGCCAGUUUAUGAGACCAAAUUCGUCACUAAAAACAAACAAUUAAUUGUGUAA